CUGAACGAGAAGUUUGAAACAGUCAAAGAUGCUUUGAAGUUGUUUGAGAAUGAUGAUCUCCUUUCAGAACCUGGUAAAGAAUUCAAUUAUACAACUCAUGGUUUCACACUAGUGAGCGCGGUGUUAGAGAAAGCUGCUGGGAAGACAUUUCCAAAGUUGCUUAAAAGUUUAUGCCAUGAUCUUGGUCUGCAGAAUACUCAACUUGACGUCAACAAGACAAUCAUCGAUGAUCGGGCAAGUUACUAUGUAAGAAGCAAGAAAGUAUUAGAAAACUGCCAAGAAGUUGAUAACUCUUAUAAAUGGGCUGGUGGAGGGAUUCUCUCGAACGUACGAGAUUUACUUGUGUUUGGCAACGCAAUGUUAUUCAGUUCCCAAAGUGAUUCCUCAAACACGUAUUUAAAACGUAAAACUUUGAACGACUUUUGGAAAGGUGAAAUUGAUGCCUCUGUGAAUAUAAGGGCUGCCUUGGGAUGGAUGCGAAUAGAUAAAGUUAACGUGGAUGGGAUAAAAGAGAAAGCAUUGCCAACUAUUUGGUACCAUACUGGAGGUGCUGUCGGAAGUUCAUCUGUAUUGUUGAUUAGCCCUACUUGUAUGGAAGUGAAAGGAAAGGAAAAUCCUGAUGGUAUAUGCAUCGUUAUGCUAUGCAACCUACAGGAUACUCCACUGCUACCCUUAGCCAGGGAAAUAGAAAGUUUAAUUCGUUCUCAUUAA